AUGGACAUCAGAAAAUUUUUUGUUUUAAAAAGAAAGAAACCUGAAGGAGCAAGCAGUGACAGCGAUGAUUCCGUGGGUGACCUGGCGAGACCUAGCACAUCCAAAGAACCGAACUUAGUUCCCGACUCUUCGAUAAAUGACUGCAACGAAAAUGACAUCGGUAAAUUUAUUGGACAAGCAUCAAUGUUAUCGACUGAAAUGAAGAAAGAAUUGCUUGAAAACACUUGGUCUCCGUCUGCGACGUAUGACUUUGCGGAAGACGCUAAACAUUUGAAGAGGAAAUUUAAUUAUUCAUGGUUGGAAACGUACUCUCCAUUCCAGGCACCAAAAAGGAGCCUUUUGUAA